UCACUGGGUCUGUUUGCGUUGUUUCGUAUUUGUCUAACGGAGAGGUUUCUGGUACUUUUGUACUUCUUAUCUCGGUUGUUUUGAUAACAGCAUUUACUGUUAUUGAUUAUUUCGGUUAUCGCUUAUUAUUGAAUUUUUCCUAUUGCUUGAGGAUAAUUUGGAUGAAUUCUCAAGGCCGUUAUCAAAUCGAAAUGAAGUUGAAUGAAGAAAUACUAGAAUUAUGAAAAUAUUGUCCAUCAUUAUUCGUCGAAAACUCAGAUUCCAUAAGAAAAAAUUUUUCUUUUUUAAGAUGUGCUGAAGAAAUGUGAAAUUUGAUAUAUUUACUAUCCAUUGGAAGCACUGGAGUUUAACAAAUCUCCAAAAAAUUGUGGAAAACACGUUAUCUUAUAAUUGUACUCACUACACAAUAAUUUAUAUACAUAUUGAGAAAACAUGUAGCCCAGUAUGAUUUCUUCAUUGAAAUCACAAAGUUGUUACUCUGAUUUCAUAACUUUCUAGGAAUUUAACGAAGACAUUGUCCAGUUUUCAAUUUGUUUCAUAUUCAGAACAUAAUUUGUUAGUGUCAAGUUUUAUUUUGGUCGGAUUUCAAUGACACAUGCAGAAUGCAGGGCAGCACUAUGGAGAAGGUGUUACUCCUGUACAAGAGUCACCUUUCGUUUCUACUGUGGGGCACAAUAGCUCGUCAAACUCGACCAGUUCGCUGAGGCAGUUCAGAAAAAAAGAAAAUGUAGAAAAAGCUUCGAUAGUAAAUGGGGCUGCAACAAAUCAAGACUCCACGAAUUCUAGUCAUGUAGCCCGAGUGGCCCCCCACAAUCACUACCCUCAUAAGCAGAAUGAAUAUUUUCGAUAUCCACCCCAAUAUCCAGAAUAUAGUUCUCCAUACAAGGAAUCGACGGUCAAAUAUUCAGAAAUUGCUGAGCCUGUUAUCCAAUCUAUACCCCAUCUGGACCACUUACCCCCAUCAGUUUUAACUAAACACAAGGAGAAAGAAUACGUGGAAAUGUGCAACAUACCUCAGCAAAGUCAUCUCAACAAGGCCUACCCUGAGCAUCAAUUCAACGGACAGCAAAACUACACUCCGGAGAUGUCGAUGCACCAUCAGUACAUGCACAAAGAGCCUCAGAGUUCACAAAUGCAUUCCUCUUACAAACCUGAAUCUCAAUACAUUCCAAAAGAAGGAGUAUUUAACCACCAGAUACCGCCUUUUCUUAAGUAUAACAUUCCCCAAUCGAGAAACUAUGUACCAUUGGAUAAUUCAUCAUUAGCUCCCUUUCAAAGGAUGGAUCCCCAUUUGGCCAGAUCUUUCAUGAAUGACCAUCAUCAUAUGAGGGAAUUCCCAACGGAAUAUGGUCCUAUGGAGCAAAGCAGAAUGUAUGCCCAGAAGCAAAGAUAUUACCCAACGCCUUUACCGCCUUCAAACUCGACAUACCCGCCCAACUACCCUCACCGGAACAUUCCCGCUCAACAGUACAACUACCCCAGUUGCAACUAUCCCAGAACCGCCCAGAUGAACUCCGCAAUAGGCCGUUACCCCAUGAACGUAGAAGGAAACAUGUCGCCUCGGAGAUCAUACCCCGAAAAUAUAGAUAUGGGCAUGAACUUCCCCCCGGUACCCCAAAAAAUUUCAACGAACUACCCCAACUAUCCUGCCUAUGCUCAGCACUACCAGCAAAGAAGAACCCCUGCGGUCCCGCAGGAAUAUUACCAUCACCAGCAGCUCCCCCACUCCAGGCCGCACGCUCAGUACAUUCCCAAUCAUCACCCCCAAGAGAUGCCCGAAAAUCAUGUGGCCUCGAACAACAUCAGGCAGUACCUGGAGAACUGGGCGGAAGAAGAACCGUCGACGGAGAUCCCCGAGAAUCCUAAGUAUAUUUCUCGCCUGGGUCGCGAAGAAGCCAACGAGGUGUACGUUAUUAAUGCUUCGGAGUUGCCGCAGUACCUCGAGAACGGGGUUCCGCUAAUAGCGUCUGAGAACGGACAGUAUAUAUUCAAAAGUAACGUUUCCAUCGACAAUACGGGCACUAUCAAGAUUUUAGAUAAGUCUGUUGAGAAUAAUAUCUUACCGACGGAUGCUCAAGAUAGGGUCGUCAGUCUUCAUAUCAUAGAAAACCCAAAGACUGACUGUUUGGUCAAUAAUAGAGCAUCGAAUGUGAAUGCGGAACAUCAGGUGGCCACGAACCAACCGGCAACUUCUAUUAACGUUACAGCUACAACCCCUAACAAUUCCAACAUGAAUAAUUCAACUCAUCGCCCCUAUAACCAAUCUGGAUACAACGUUAAUAGGAUGAACAUGGUGCACCACGUGUCACCAAUGACUCAAAACCCAUCUCAAAACUGCGAUACCUCCAUUAACCUAAGUUUACACCACAACGCCACCAAUUCUUCCCAAGAAAUAACCAAUCGGACCAAUUGUAGAUCCCCGGAGAAAAAUAAAACCAACACCGAUAACGACCAAAUGAAAAUGCAAGUGUUGUCUUACAAUGAAGUGCCUCAAAAUUCGUGUAUAGUAAUGCCCUCCUCCCAAAAUAGGCUGAAUUUCGACGAAUCGUUGCUACCAAAUCCAGUGCCUUGUGAUUCUAAACAGAAAAAAGAUUUCGAAGUGAGAAAUAACAAUAAUGACGCAAACUCCGUGAUCUCUAACGUUAUAAACGAAGAGGCAAUUUUAAAAGAGGCCCAUGAGGAACUAGAUAAGAUCGUUCAAGAUACUUUGACAUCGACCAAUAUGCAUAUACCUCUUGAAAAUUGCGAAAAGAACCAAUUGUCCAAAAUCGAGGAAAAUUUGAAUUCGAGGAUUCCAGACUUCCUCAACCUUGAUUUAGAUUCGAAUUCUAAAGACUUAGGAACAACCCCAUCGACAGAAACGCCAAGGGAUGAUCCUGUAGAAAAUGAAGCCAUAAUUGAUUUAAGUACUAAUUCUAGAAGGACUGGUAAAAUCGAAAGCGAAGAACAAGAAAUACCCAGUACGAUUUCUUGCUCACCCAACCAAACAGAAGAAGAGGAACAUGGGAAGAAAAAUGAAGAAAUGAAUACGGAUGAAGUUCAAACAGAAAUUGUGGAUGAAGAGGAAGUUGCAUCUACUAUCAAGCAUAUGCCUCUGAUUUUUGAUAGUUCGGAAGAUCCUGAAGCGCAGAAAAGCGAAGAAAACCAAACAAGCCUUUUCGAAAACAAAUCAGAGAAUGAACACGAAGAAAGUAAUGUAACUCUUUCUAAAAUAGAAGACGAAAAGAAAAAACCGGAAAACAACAAUGAAGAGAAGACUGAGUUUGAAAUCGAAAAACCUAAAGAUAUCAUCUCUGGAAGUUUAGAUACAGAGCCUCAACCAUUAGAAUUCUUAAAGAAGGAACAAUCUGUAAGGACUGCUAAAGAAGUAGGAGGAGUAAGAGAAAAACUCGAAAACGAAGAAACUGACCCACAGAUUCCUUUAUUACCUGAAGAAAUACGAAGUGAAGAGGAUGGUCAGUCGAAAGAAAGAUCUCAAACGGAAAAAGAUAUUUCCGAUGUUAAUUGUAAAAAGGAAGAUGCAGAAAUUAUAAUUAUGAAUGAGGAAACUCAAACAACUGUAACUGAGGAACAGGCUACGGAAGAUAAAGAAGAAGAAAAUUCUUUGAGUCAGACGGAAAAUUCGGAGGAAACUAAUACUUCAGAGGUUGAUGUUUUAAGGUUCAAAAGAAAACGUAUAUUUUCGGUUGACGAUAUUAUAUAUCGCAUUGGCUCCACAAUUAAUCAAAUACAAAAGAAUGUUAGUGAACAUGAUAAUGAAAAUGAAGAAACGUCGAAUACUGAAUGUUUGAAUGAAAACUGGACUUCUCAACAAGGAACCGAAGAAUUAAGUGAACCAAAACAAGAAAACGAAGGGGAAAAAAUCGUAGAAGAAAUCAAAGAAAUAGAGAUGUUAUCAAAUGAAACAGAUGAAGAAAAAAAUUGUUUAAACAAUGAAGAUGAAAAAAUUCGCAAGAGUACAAUUCAAGGUUUCAAUGAUGAACCAGCAGAAAAAAAAAUUAAUAUGGACUCUUCUUCAAAUAGAAAUGAGGUUUUCCAACAAGAGCAAAGUGUUUUUAGCCAAAAGGAUAAUCAAUCAACAUUUUCUCAACAUUUGGAAAUGACAGAAAAUUCUUCCUCUCAAAUUGAAAAUGAAGUUUCUCAAUCAGCCCAUUUGGAAAAAUCGAAAAUAGAAGCAACUAAUUUAAUCCCAGAAACAGGAAGGAACAAUGAAAAAAUUAGUGACGUUUUCAAUAAAUCUGAGGAUGAAGAAUUAAAAAAGAAUCAAAACAUUGUCUCGUUUGACGAUUCAUCUCUUGAAGGAGCAUCAUAUGAAACUUCUCAUCAACAGAUAGAAAAAAAACACUCCAUUGAUGCAAUUGGAGAAAAAUCUGAUAAUUUUACUGUGCAAACUCCACAAGAACUGGCAUCUGGGGAAAUCUCGGAUAAUCUUCAUUCAUCUGAAUCGAAAGAAGCAGUACAAAUAACGGAAGAGAAGGGAAACGGAAAUAGAGAAGAAGAAAUUAAACCGUCCAGUGAAGAUUCCUCAAGUGAAAAAACCAACCAGACAAAAACUUCCGAACAAAGCUGUUCAUCUGAGAACCUUGAUGUAGAAACAGAAAAUCGCAAGAGAAGCCUACUUGAAACUGAUAUGCAAAAUGAGUAUCAGCAAGAUGAGGAAAUAGUCGAAAGAAUCAGUAAAAAACUCAAAUUUGAUGAUUUUCAAACUAAAGAAGAUAGUAGAGACCAAACGACUAUCCCAAAAAAUGAAAUUAGUGCUAAAGAAGAAAAACCAUGCCGAUUUUCAGUAAUUCAAAGAACUGAAACGUUACAUAAGGAGCCAAUUGUUUUGAUAGAAAAAGUAUCUGAAUCUUCUAGUGCUGAAAUAGUCGUUCAAGAGGAGGAAAGUUUUAGCAGUACUUUCACCCCCGAAAAAGAGGCAAUAAUCGAAUCUACUCGAAACUUAGACUCUCGAAGUAAUGAAGAAACGGAAGACAUUUUAUUACUCAAUGAUGAACUAGAUGAAACGUUGAAAGAAAGAACUGCGGAAAUCACUGAGGAAAAGAUGGAAGACAGCAACACAACAUUGCAAAAUAAGCAUUCCAAAGAAGAUACAAGUUUCGAAGAGAGGUUCAUAGAUCCACUACUGAAAACAGAUUCAUUUAAGAAUGACCGACAAGAAGAAAAAACUCCAACAGAAACCGUCCAAUAUAGAAGUGUACUUAAAAUAGAGGAAAAUGCCGUUCUUCUUGAGAUUUGCGGUGAAUUGGUAGAAAUAUGCGUUAACCAGAUCAAUGGUAGAAAGGUUAUAACUGUAUUGCCGAUGUCCACCACUGCCACAGUCGAUAUAAACGAUAAUUACGAGCAAGCAGAACGUGUACACCACGAAGAUAUCACCAUCUCAAAUUCCCAAAUCGAGUCCGAAAUGCCAGAGCUCCAUGAAGAAACUUCAGAACACCUCAGCGAGGAAAGUGGAGAGAAAAAAUUGCCCGUCUUGGUGAAGAUGAUCAACUCUUCGGAGGACGAGGAGAACAUACUAAGAAAUGAAGAGAUAACGAGUACGCAAACUGAGACAGUGGAUAGUAUACACAACAACGACGACGAGAUAUUCGAAGACAUAAUACUGAACGAGAAUGAGAUAAUAAUAGGAGAUGAAAGUUUGGAAGAAGAGAUUAAUUUGGACCUUAAAGGCGACAGUGUAGUUUUGGAGGAGAAACCGAUGUUUUGCACCAAAGCAGCCAAAAAAAUUUAUGAUGACGUAUCAGUGCCAGUACCACUGAAGACGCACAGUACCCUUAGAGACUUCAGAAAACUCAAAACUAAACCCGAGUCACAGCCAGCUGUAAAGAAGGAAAACGACGAUGAGAUGAAAGGUUCAAAGUACAGUAAAGGUUCCAAACGUACUUCUACCAGACAAAAAAACGUUUCUGAACUGAAGGAAGAGUCACAGGAGGCCUUGCUAGAGCUCAUCAAACAGAGGAAAAUAAGAAAGGAGAAAAUGCGUCUGAAAUACUCCCAAUAUGAGGUGAAAGAUCCGGAAGUUUCAGAUAAGGCGUCCCUUGAAUGUGACAAGAUCAGACAAGAAAAAGAAGUCAAAAGUGAAAUCAGAAAAGUUCAUAAGAUGCAGACGGACGUCAUGAAGGUGGAGAAGAAUCAAGUGAGCUCCAUUGUUCAUAAAGUUAGGAACAACAGUGAGAUGAAGAGAAAGGAAAAUUCAGAUAUCAAGACGAAAUGUAAAGAUAAAAUAAGAAGAAAAUCGGUUGAGGAGACUAAAGAGAAGUUCCAGCUUAUAGCCUCGGUCAUAAUAAAGGAACCAUGUUUCAAUUUAGAUUCAGAAAAACAAAAAUUAGAAGAAAAACCAACAAGUACAUGCCACAUUGACUCCAACCAUUCAACAUUACCAGAAGACUUUUCGGUCCAAAAUUUUCAAGAUGGUCAUUCAUCGAAAAUCACAGAUGUCACAAAGUACUUGAGCAUCCAAGAAAAGCAUUCAAAAUUUCCGAAAAUAUCAGCACCCAGAGAUCUCUCGUUAACAAAGAACAUCAACGAACACUACCUUUCAAGAAAAGAUCAUUCAAAUUUGAAGAAGAAGCUCAGCAUCCAAGAGUACAACAGCAGAAAGAGAAAAAUGGAGGAAGCGAAAGUUGCCACUCAUGAUAAGGUUGUGAAGAAAAUGAGGAUGGAGGAACCGCGAAAAAUGCAAAGUGUAGAGGAGAACCAUGUUAGACCGUCCACUAUUUACUCAGGAAGGCAGUUCGAGAAUAUUUCGAACUGCGUUAAGGAUCCCAGAAGGCUUCAAUUCAUUAAUUCUGGUCAUUCUGGAAUGUUAAGAGCCAAUUCUGAGGACUCAAGUUCUUCAAAAAUGUCGAAUAUAUCACCUCUUCGAUCUCUUUCAACUGAAACUAUCUCAACUCAAUCAUCAAUUAUUAUAGACUCUCCGCUCAACAAAACUUCAACUAAUAACCAGUUGAAAAACUACACUAUUUCAACUCCUGAAAAACUCCUCAUUGAAGUAAAUGAAUCAAGAAUAAUAGAUGCAACAAACAGGAGAUUAUCUACAGAAACAAGCGAUAAAAAGGAUCAAAAGAUUAGAAGAAAAGUUUCCUUUGACGACAAUGUGCAAAUAAACGAAAUACAUACUACACAAACCAAAGCUAUCAGAAUGAAACAGGACUCAAAUCCCAGUUGCUGUGAAGUAACAUCUUCAUGCUCUGAUAACUUUGAUGAAAAAUCAUAUCCUUUAUGUGCCGAUAAAAUAGAAAAAACUGGUCAAGAAAAUCAAGAUAAUUUAAUUAAGAAAUUUCAAAGUGCAAUAAUGAUACAGAAUGAUUGGGAAGAUUCUAAUUCACCGAAAGACUGCAUAACUGACGCAUUCGCUGAUAGUUUCUUGGAUAAAACCAAGUUAGAAACUCUGAAAACCACAACAAAGAGUAAACUAAUAAUAGAUAUCAAUGAUUUUGAUACAAGCGAAUUAAAAAAUUCAUAUAAAAAUAAUUCAGUCUCGUGUGAAGACGGUUUGAAAAAUUACAAAGAAGAAGUUGAUUUGAAACUAAAUUCUUUGAAUAUACAGAUACCAAAGACUACAAAAAACAGGGUUUUCAAUGAAGAUGACUUACUAAUGCAUAAAUUCCUAAGGAAAGAACAGCUUAGUUCAGAAGAAAUCAAACAGAUUCGACGAAUAAUAUAUUACAAGAAAAAAAUACAACAAUUAACACAACAAAACUCGAAUAGUAAUAUUAGAAUGGCAGAAGAAAAUUAUGAGAUUAAGAAAUCUCCAGAGAGUUCAUCAACCAAAGAACUAAAACUGCAGUUCAAAAAAGUAGGUGGUAUAGUGAAAAAGAAAAAGAAGAGGUUCAGAAAUUUGUACUCUAACAGUCCUGAUACAAGUGAAAAUGAACUUCAAGAAACUGCUGGAGAGUUUUCCGUAUAUGAAGGAGAGAACAUAUCUGGUGUAAAGUUAAUAUUUAAGAGAAAAACAGACUAUUUAAAUCUUCAGCCAGUUGUUAAAAUACAAAGAUGUAAGUAUAUAGAUUCUAUGGCAAAAAAUUUGAAAUAUGAGUGAAAUUUUGUACUAAUCAGGGAUCAAUUAAAUUUUAGAAAGCCUUAUCAUAUAUUUAUAUGUGAAUGUUUGAACUCACGUGAUAAUUUUUAUUUUCUCUUUAGAGAACCACUAAAGUUUCAUAGGAAAUGUACCUGUUUGUGAAAAAUUACUUUAUAGAAUGUACAGAGGGGAUAUUAUAUAGUAUAAAAAUCAUUUCACCUAAGUAAGUUUAAAAAAUAUAUAUAUAUAUGAAGAGUAAUCAUUUUGAUACAGGGUUGUAAAUAGAAAAACACUGAGUUUAAUGCCUAUAUAGUUGUCUCAAUCCACUUUGAGAAUUUGUCUCUGAAUAUUCACAUCAGCUAUACAAGAAAAGGAAUUUGCAUGGAUGGUUAAAAAUCAUUUUUUUCUUCACUGUCAAUGGACAAAAAAUUUUAUCUUUUAAUUCAAGACUUGCAAAUCUUGUUUGGCAUUAUCAAUAUGAGGCAUUCAAAAUGUGAUAUCCACAAUUGAAAAUAAUCAGUUCUUUGAUCUCAACAUAAUUACUAAAAAAACAUGAUGAGAAUUGAUAUUUCAGUCCAUACUCAACUUUUUUUCAUAGAAUUUAUUAUUUCCAGAAUUAUACAACUCAAAAAUGUGGCUUAAAUGAAGGUUCAGUAUUAAAGAAUCGCCUUAUCAUUAAAUCAGCUUCAUAUUUUUUGAACGCUUUUUAAAAAAAUAUUCCAUAUAUUACAUUGGAAGAAAAUAGCCUUAAAAAUUUCAUCCAACAGUUUUUAUGAAAAAUUGUUUUAUUGUAAAAUGUAUAGAGUCAAAGUUGUUAGAUUCAUUUUUUCAGAAAAAUUUAACAAUUGUUGAUAAUGUUCAAGAAGAACAAUGAAAAAGUACUAAUAGUGUUUUGUGUGAAUUUUUUUAUAGGAAAUAUACACCAAAGAGAUUUCUUCAACCUAUAGUUUGAAUAAUUAUCAAACUUGUUUUUUUUUGUUAUCAUUCAUUUGUAUAUAAGAAUUAUAUUGUUGUAAUGUAUUUGACAUGUUUCAUUUAUAUUUGCAAGUUUUAUUGUAAAUUUUGCAUAUGUACAGUUAUUUUUAUUGGGGUAUAUCGAAUUGAUAGGUCAAUUAUUUCAUAAGUGUGAAAUUUUUCCUUCAGGUUAUUGUUAAUAAAUUUUUCCUAUAGUUACCUAUAUAUACACUGGAUCUAAGAAUGUUACACAUUUUAGUCAAUUUUUUAUGUAUUUGUAUACAGGAUAUCAGGAUAUUAAGUUUAUAUAUCGGAGUGCCUUCAAGCACGUUUGUUGUUGUUUUUUGCCAUGUAAUGUAUGUGGAUUUGUUUCUUUUAAGCACUUGUGUUAAUAAAAUAAUGCAAAACUA